UUUUAGGAUGUCACGCAACACUCCCUCCCUACACCGAGGGAAACUUUCUGUUGGGGUGCGCCUUGCGUGACAUCUCAAAAAUCAUAGUGUUGAUUGGUCAGCCGGUCCUCAAAAGUCGCUCUAUGCUAUGAUUGGUGAAAAUGUCACUAGGGGGUUCUAGGCGCAUUAACAGUGCCCCGCUCUCUUUCACAUUUGUUACUUGAUCUUUGAACUACCUCACCUGAAUUUCUGCAUUGUGGACUACAAAGGAGACGUUUCGUAAAUUUUCCAGUUCUUAAGCUCCUUAUUGAGCGAAUUUUCGUUUGAAAUGGCAGAAGAGAUUCCAAAUACUGAAAGGGUAUUUUUCGUCUCGAUUUCUAGCCAUUUACUGUUUGCAUUGUGCUUUAUGGUCCUCACGUCUUGAUCUGUUUUGUAGGUGGAGAAAGUUGGCGACUUGACCGUGUAUGUUGUGGUACGUUUGCUUUUUGCCUGAUAUAAUUGCGUUUUUAACGCUUAUUUAAGUCUGAACGCAUCGCAUAGGCUGUUUAUACUCGCGAUCGGGAGCAGUGCGUUAUUAUUUUUAAAUGAUAAUUUAAGUAUACAUGUAGUUUCAAUUCUCCUCUGCUAAUAAAUUGAGGUCAAGCUUACGUACAGUUGUUUGAUUCUUAGGGCGAAGAUUCCAAGGAUAAAAAAGACGAGAAGGAAAACAUCAAAAAGAAGGAGGUCAUGAUAACAUUUCAUGAUGUUGGAAUGAACCGUAAGUCCUGUUACGUGGAAGAAAUGUCCAUAAUGUGUGUCAUGCUUUGCUUUGAUGAACAGCACAAUGGAAAGAAGGCCACCUUGCUCGUAAUAUGCGUUGUUGUUAUCGCUCCCGAAGCAAAAUGUUUUGGGACUACUGUUGGUGAUAGUCGAGCACCGCUUUUUUGGAUUUUAAACGUAAUCGUAAGGUAUCGAGAUUUAAAUGUACUUCUAAAGGUGUUGUAUCGUGGAAGGGGCAUGGCGAGGCAACUAGGUGUUUAUCAUCUUUCCUCUGGUUUGUGGCUCUUCAGCAGACUUGACUUUCCUGGUAUUUAGCAUGCAUAGAUCAGUGGAUGGUCUGAUUUUGAGCCCAUGGGCUUUCCUACCCUUUUUAUGGCAAGGACUUAAUGUAAAAUUGUCAUGCCGUUAUGUUCUUGGUAAACGUCAAUUUCCAUAAAUGGAGGUGUGUUGGAAGGUGUGUUGAAAGCACAGGCUCUUCUUAAUAAACGGAUUUAACACUAGUCAUGUAGAUAUUGUGCUUAAACCCAGGAUAGAAAUGCUUUUGAUGGUGAAAACGUCUACUUGUAUUGGAAUCAUGCAUGAAGUGUUUUCUUUAAAGUAUACUUUUGUCUCACGUCAAAAAAAUUGUCAUAGAGUAGUGGGCUCAGACACAAAACUAAAAUUUUGCACAAUAUUUUUGAUGAGUGGUAAGGAAAGCUGGUGUGUAUCAGAGGAAAGAGAGAAUAGAGACGUACAUUGCAACCUCAAACAUUCCUAGUGAAAGUAGAUAUUGUGUGUUUUUGAAGUGCAAUCAAGGGUGUAAUAUGAAUUAUUGAGAUGAUCACUAAAGGUUCAAAUGAUAUUUGUUGAGGUAUGAUAUUGUUUGAAAAGCUGCCAAUGCAAAACAUGUGAAAAGCUUUACAUGGUUCUUCAAACUUCAGCUUAUAUAAAGGCACCUGAAUAUACAUUGGAAACUAUUGCAAUAUUCUGUUUUCUCUCACUGAUAAAAUGUAGUCUGUCAUUUUAGCAAACAAUAUCAGUUUGCUUUUUGACACAGUGACUGUAGUGAGACAGUAUUUUUUUUUUAGUAACUGAGUCAUUUACUCAGUUGAGUUAGAGUCUGUGAAAACUUUGAAUUUAAUUUGUUGAAAUGAUUAUUUGACAACAGCUCUUAAAAAGGUAUCGCAACCAUUACUCAAGACUAUACAAAUUCAGAGCAGUCAAGUCUUGCGCAUUGAGCUUUAGACUCUUGCAAAUGAAUUCAAUCUUAUGCUCUCGUGCUGAAACUAUUGUUUCUUGUACAUGUAAGGUUUGGAAUAACAGAUGGCACAUUACUGCUUUAGUACUUACAUGUAUGAAACUAAUCAUCCUUUUCAAUAUGAUUUACUCCUUGCUCCCAUUGCACCUGCUACAAACAUUUUCCAGUAGUAGGAGUUCUCAUUCAGGAUAAAGGAAUGCAAGUGUUGCCUAUUUAAAUUUUUUUCAUGAUUUUCUGGGGAAGUAUGCUCCUAUUUCAUAUCAGGAGGGUGAAGAGCACAGCAUCGCAAUCAAAUGUUUAAGAGGUGGAAAAUUUGACAACAAAUCAACUUGCAAGCUCUGCAAAUUGUAUAUAAUUGAGGUAUAAUUGAGAUAAUAGGGUUAAAAAGGGUCCAGAUCAAUGGGUACAGCAAACUGCCUACUUAGUCAACAUACUGUUCAUGUAGAUUUUUAAUCACAAAUGCUCAAUUACCUGAACUAAAGGAUACAUCAAUGUAUUUAACAUAUAUCUACAAUUGAACUUAAAUUGCAACUGUAAUGUCACAGUUAUAAGCAAAAAUUUACAUUUUCAGAUAAAACAUGCUUUGAAAGGUUCUUCCAACAUGAAGAUAUUGUCCACCUACUGGAUCGCUUUGUUAUUUACCAUGUGGAUGCCCCAGGACAGGUAUCAAAGUGACUAUUAUGAAUAUUUUAGAGAACAUUAUACCUAGUUACACUGUCAGAUAAUCUCAAACUUCCUUCAUCUCAAACUUAGCUUUUGAUAAGAAAUAAAUGUCUCUUGGCAAACAUACUUAUAUAAGAAUGUCAGCUGUUGCAUAAAAUAUGAAAAUGGCAUUGAUUAGAGAAGAGGUCAAUUGGGUAACAGUCAAUUAAUGCUUGCCACCACUGAGAGUCAAAUUGCCACUGAUAGCUAUUUCACUUCAACAUUGUGUAUAGCCUGCUGUAUGAAACUUAUAGCAAAUGAAAACUAAUAUGUUAAUAUAUAUAUAUCACCAAAAGGGAAAGGGACUCAGAAGUUGUGUAGCCUCUCAAUUAUGGCACAUUAACUUUUAAAUGAAAUAAAACUUGUUGAUUUCAUGAAGACUGUUUUGAGUGAUUUUUGCUGAUGUGUAUGAAAUUGUGUGAAACUAAGAUCAAGGCUAAGAAGUAGUGGAGAAUUGCAACAAAAAGCAUGCACAAAUACAGUGAAGUUAACAAAAAUGGACAUGGCAUCUUUUUUUGUUUUAAGGACAAAGUAUGUCAAUGUGACCUGUAACACGAGUUUUGUUCUUAAGAACAUAAUUCAUAACAGGAAACUUCCCUAAGCUUGUACUUUAAAGUGAAACUUAUUCAAGACAUGAUUGAAAUAAAAGUGAAUCCACAAACAACUUCAGCUUCAAAAAAUAUUUCAUCAAUCCAAGUGGGCUCCAAGAUGUCACUGAGAUAUCUGAUUCACACAUUGUUUAAUGAUGAUGUAGUUGUUACAGCUGUUUUAACCUUGACUCGUAAGGUUUUCAGUCACCAUCUCCACUAUUUAUAGGGACUAAGCAAAAGUCAGGUCAAUUGUAACCUCAUUUCAACCUUUUCUUUUCAUCAAUUCUUGCUUCAUUCUGAUGAUAGAACAUAAAUUUGCAUAAACUACACUGCACAUAAUGCAUUCAUUUUUAAAUAAAUUAUUCACUGUUGGAGGAGAAUUUAUUUCCCAGAGUUGAAACUCUCAGGGUGGAACCUAACAGCAGUAGAAGUUAAGGGAGAUAUUGUUUUUGUAAUUAAAUGAAAGUACCAGAUACCAUUUUCAGAAUUUGAAGUUGCCACUAUUUUAAUGGACCCCAAUAGUGACUGUUAAAGUAGGACAAUUCAAAGAAGUUGCCGAGAAAGUUUCUGACUGAUUAGGACAUCCCUUAAAAGAAAAAGGAUAGCAUAUAUCUCAGGAAAAGUCUUGCUUUGUAGAUUAGUUUUUAUGUUUAAAAAUUAAAUGUAGUCUUAUGUACUUUCUCUUCCCUGCUUUCUUGUAAAAGUUGAGUUGCUAUCAUAAUUAUAGUAACCUUAAAAAGUAAAUUUUACAGGGUGUUAAUCAUUCCCAUCAUAUUUUUCAGGAAAGUAAGGCAGAAAACCUGGCACCUGAGUAAGUACAUCAAUUUUUUUUUUGUAUUACAAAGAGUUUAACUAACCAGAUGAAAGGUAAUGAAGAUGCGCACUGACAUGCAAAAGUUAGCUCUCACAGCAAAUUGACUGGUUUUUGGUGGAAUUGUUGGGAAGAGCUCUCCAAAUAAAUCUCUGCUGAAAAGAGCUUUUUACAUUUUUUUGUUGUCCCAAAUGAUAUCUAGCUCAUGAAUUAUGUUGUAUGACCAUUGUAUUUUUUUGUGUACAAUUGUAGUAACAUUUUAAAGUAUUAGUUAUUGAAGGUUUACCUACUGAAGCUUGUGCUAGUAACUUUUGAGCUACGUAAUAUUUUGUACAAAAGUUGUUGGCUUUUAGUUUACCAACUGAGUGUAGGUGUCUUACUAAGGCAAGUUAACCCUACAAGCAAACAAGAGUUUAUUCAACCAGUCAUGUAUGUUGUAGAGUUAGAGUGGAUGGGAGGAGCAGGGAAAUUUGAGAAGAUGCCUGCCUGUGAGCAGCAUUGUCUACACUCUUAUCAACAACAGCAAAUUAGCCAGUCAGAUUGUGACUUGAUUGCCAAUUGUGGUAUAAUACAAUUUUCACUAAGAAAAUAAUGAGCACUUGUGAUUUUUUCCUCUUAUUUUCAGUUAUCAGUACCCAUCCAUAACAAAGCUAGCAGAGAUGGCUGGUAAUGUGAUAGACCACUUCAAGUAAGUUUAACCCUCUGUAUGAAUUUUGAGUUGGUGCAUCCAAAUGACAAUAUAAGAAUCAUUUCUUUUGUGAGGAGACCCACAAAUUUUGAGGGAAAGGUCUCAUCUUGAGGCAAGAGACUUAUGUCUUGAGAAUAAAUGAAGCCACAGCCUGAAAAUGAAUCUCAAGCCAUGUCCAGUGCAGAAUGACUGGGGGUUCUGUUUUACUGCAAAACAAAGUUCUUGUCACAGCAGUGUCCAGUUGUGAUGUAAUACAAGGUUAUAUAGCGGGCCAUAAAAAAGUUUUAAUUCAGCCAAGUUUAUAAAUUCCCCAUCAAUGAACAAAGCAAAAAUGGGAGGUUGGUUGUGAUUGACCUUUACAUCUUGUCAUACCUUUUAACUUGUAGAAUAUGGUUUGUGGUACUGCAUUUUAGUAAUUACUGGUGAAUUAGGGUUGGUGGGAUUGUCCUCAAACUGUGGUGACAGAGGGGGCAAGUUUGUUGUUUCAUUGGGUCUUCCUGGUGAAGGGAUUGGGAGACUGAUGGUUUUCUGAAGUUAUUGUCUGUUGUCUGACAUGGCAAAGACAUGAUCUAUACAUGGCAUUUCCAGCUCAGAGAGGCUUUGGGAUCUUUGUUUAGGGACUAAGACAAUGCACUCUUGACUAGAGUAGACGUCAAGAUGUGACAGUUGUCUACAUUGUGCAUCUAUGGUUGCAGCUACUUUGUCCACAGAAAUUACCAUGAUGAACUGGUCAUCUAUAUGCAUUCCAGCUUGUCUUAUACAUGUAUUUCCUACAUGGUUUUCAGCUCUGUAAGGCAACAGACCAUAUUCAAUUUGUUCAAAUUUGGGGUCUUUCCAUUUUUGAAAAAGUUUGUUUAUGCACACAGGUAUUUUUUCCUUCUUUCAGCUUGAGUGAUGUAGUUUGUUUUGGAGUUGGAGCUGGAGCAAAUGUUCUCACAGAAUUGGCAGUAAGUUAUUUUCUUGCUCUUCAAAUCCAAUAGAAACAGUGAUGUGGUUACUUAUAAAAAUAUUUUAGAAGGGGGCAAAACUGUGUGUAGGGCUAAAGUUAUGAACAACACCACCCAUGUAUCAAACAGCAUCUUAGCACUCUAGCUUUGGCUCCUCAAUGGUUAACUGUGUUAAAACCUUUUAUAAUGAUAUUGAAAGCUGUGUUGUGAACAAUGGAUGGUCUUUCAAAAUUUUUAAACCAGAAAGGGAGUUAGACAAGGCUUCUCCUUCUUGCCCUAUCUGUUCAUUCUUUGUGUGGGGAUGCUAGCCAAAAUAAUAAGAAACACCAAAGACAUCACAAAACAAAACCAAAUUAAAAAUCAAACAAUACACUGAUGAUACAACUCUUUUUGCAGAUGGAUAUAAAAAAAUCCUUGUUGCUUUCUUUACAAAUCUUGGAAAGUUUCAAAAAAGUAUCUGGCCUGAAGCUAAACCAUAAAAAACUGAAGCGGCUCACUUUCGAUUUGAACACUGGAAGGGAUGAAUUGUUCUUCCCUGAAAAAAUUGAAAUGAGUUAAGAGUCCUAGGCAUCUGGUUUUCAACUAAACUAAAAGUAACUAUGGAGGCAAACUACUCUGAUAGGCAGCUGGGAAUAUGAAUGAUUGGGACUUCUUGGAAAGAUUACAUUGUUAAAGAGCUUGAUAGCUUCCAAUCUGGUUGACUCCCUGUCACCUUUUGCCGAAAAAUUGUCAUGUUCUAGUAGAAUUGAGCAAAUCUUCAAUUUCUUAUGAAGCGGUACAGGAGACAAAUCAACAGAAAUCUGACAAUUGGCAACUAUUUAGAUGAUGUGUACUCAAAUCACUCUCUCACUCACUCACUCAAAGCACUCAAAUCAGCUUGAGUAAGAAAAUACCUUGACCCGGAAAAUCAUGCUGAAUGAAACUACUUUCUUUACUCCAAAUUGCAACAUUUAGGUGGCCCUACCAUCUUUGGGGGCAACCUCAAAGGAUACAAUCAACUAAAAUAUAGCAUCUGAGAUCUUUUUAUGAUAGAAAUCUUGCAAAUCUGGUCAGAAGUCAUCCUCGGAGACCCAGGGGCUGUGAGUCAAUUUCAAGUCAGGGCCGAAGAACCCCUGGAGACAUCGUCUUACAAGACAAGUUCCAAACGGUUGCAGUUGUUCUGGCAUCUAAUUGGUGCUAGAAAAUCUUUGUGUUUUUCUGCCCAAUCAGAGUGAAGUAUGCUUUAGAGUCCUUUCUUGUGUUUUAACACGGAGAUGUACAAGAAGCUCAGUUGCUCACCUUGUUUGUUUGCGCCAUUCAACGAAGCUUUGCCUGAGGUGAAAAGUUUCGGUCUCAGCACACAAUGUAAGAGAAAUCGAUCAGAUUGUCCGCAAAAAUCUUACAAGAAAUUAUACUGAAUACUUUUGCAGGUAUCACAAGAGAAUGUAUUUAAAAGUUUGUGAGGUUCGUAGAAAACAUAAUGGUUGCAGGCGUUAAUAUAGGUCGCUUUAAACAUUAGACAAGAUGUAAGUUUAAAUCUUUCUGAUUAAUUUUUGACCGGCCGAAAAUUUGUGCAGUUAGGCGUUUCGUUCACAUGGAACCACGCCAAACUUACGGAAAUUUGGACACUCAAGCGUUCAAAAAUUUGAACACCAAAAUCGAGGAUUUUUUUCAUGAAACUGUGUGACAAGGUCAAACCUUUUCUGCAGAAGCAAUCUACAAAUAUGAGAUCUGCAAUUGAUGUUGAGAAGCAGGUAGCUGUAACUUUGUACUAUUUAUCGGAUGAGGGGAGAUACUGCAAAGUUGCUAAAUGCAUUCAGCAUCGGAAAAUCAACUGUGUCUGAAACUGUUCGAAGAGUUUGCAGAUGCAUUUCAAUCGUCCUUGGGCCUGAUUACAUAAGAUUACCAAAAUCAGAAGAAGAAGUGUAUGACACAGUCGCCAAUUUUUAUGAUGCUCAUGGCUUUCCACAAUGCAUAGGAGCUGUUGAUGGAACACGUGUAUUUAUUAAACAACCCUGAGAAAAUGCAACUGCUUACAUUAACCGGAAAAACAGAUACUCAUUAAAUGUGCAAGCCAGCUGUGAUUACAGAUACUGUUUCACUGACGUCGUGAUAAAAUGGCCAGGGAGUGUGCACGACUCCAGAAUUUUCUGUAAUUCUAAAAUCAAUGAAAUGUUAAGAAAUGGCUCUAUACCAUCUUUACCAAAGGUUCUAGUGCCUGACACUGAUCCUGUUCCGAUUUGUGUGCUUGGGGAUCCAGCAUACCCACUAUUGCCUUAUAAAAUGAAAGAGUUCCCAGGGAGAGGUAGUACAUCACAAGAGCAAUUCUUUGGGUGGCGCCUUUGUUCUGCACGCAUGGUUAUCGAAUGUGACUUCGGCAGACUUAAGGGAAGAUUUGGAGCACUGAAACAUGAGAUGGACAUAAAUCUCAAUUAUUUACCUCGUGUAGUACAUUCAUGCUUUAUUCUACACAACUACUUUGAGGUGAAUGGUGAUCAUAUAUCCAAUGAGGCUAUUGACAAAGCAAUUAAGUACGACAGGGAGUUUCAACCUGGCACUACAGCUGCUAGGAAUCAAGGUACACUGGCUACUAGGAGUAAGCAGAUUCGUAAAGUUUUUGUGGAGUAUUUCAACUAACAAUGCUGCCAAUUCAAAUUGGCCAAUUGCAAAGAAUUUUCAAACAGGAAGUAUAUGACUUUGCCUGGUGACUCCUUCUCAGAAGUUUGGUAUUUCAGAGAUCACACCUAACCGGCACCAUUUGACACUGUUGUAAUUUUAAGAUGUUCAAAAUUACUUCUACCCUUGCCUUUGAUAUUGUUCAUACCAGUACAGCAAGAUAUCAGUUCUGUCCACCUUGGGCAUGUUUUUAUUCCAAGAUACUUGUGUUGAUCUUGCUAGGUAAUAAAAUAAAGAUGAAAAACAUUCUUGUGAUUGAAUGUUAUUCAACAAGCAUGAACCUUAUGAAGUUAGAAAGGGAGUACUUACAAACAUGAAACUCAACAACUAUUAAUGGCAACAAGUAACAUAGAAGAAAUUUAACUAACUAUAUUGAUUAAAUUGCUCCUGGUACAGUUUAACGCACACAAAAACGGAAAAUCUCUGAGGUAAAUAGUGCAAUAACAAUGUAAGCCUACCCAUGUCUUUCUGCCUAGUGAGCAGGCAAACUGGCAGUGCAUAUAAUAAACACAACUCAACUUUGUUAACAGAGUGCUAAAACAGUGCACAAUCCAACAGUUAGAGUAGACACAAUGUGAAUGUUAAUGUUCAACACUUAUUAAAAUGAGAAGGAUCCUGUAAAUGCCAAACACCUGACAUGUUGCUUUGCUGUUGCUGAUAUUGGGGAUGGUUGUACUGCAGAUGCUGGUUCUGCUGAUGAUUCUGCUGCAUCAUCGUCCCCAGCAUGUUGAAUCCAUUCUGCAAUGUGGAGCUUAAAGAAUGUAAACUAGUGGUAAAACUUUGCAUACUUUCCAUGUAUUUUUCUUCUUACUUUUCAAGCUGAUCGAUCAUUCUCUUUUUCAACUGAAGUUCUUCGUGUCCAAGGGCUAAUAUUCUGUUUUCUGUUGUGGUUUUCUUCGUAAGCUUGGAAUUUUUUUUCUCUUUUAGCUUAGAAAUUAAGUUUCUUCUUGCAUCAACAGUUUUUUCAACUGCAUCCUUGGCACUUUCAUCCUCCCUUGCAGGGUCAUUUGCUUCAUCUUCCAGAAUCUACAGCUUUCCGAUAACCAAACUUUAUCUUCCUCAACUUCGCAUUUAUCUUUUCUUUGGAGAAUAUGCUAGUAUCCUUACAGUUUGGAAACUCUUCUGGGUCUACUUCGAAUUCAUCACUGUUUGGAUAUCUCUCAAUGAAAAGUUCUUGUAAUUCCUCAUACCUUGUUCAUAUCGAUUCCCAUUCUUCCCCCUCGCACAUUUUCUCAUUUUUUUUUUGAUAAAGCAACAUUAAGCGGUAGUGCUGUCUCCUCAUCUGUCCAAGUGAAAUAUUGGUUAUCUGUGCUACCAUCUGAAUUGGCUUUUCUCUUUCUGGAUGCCAUUUUGCAUUUGGUUAAAGAAACAUUGUGCACAUGAGGAGAUGGUAAAACCACUGACAAGUGUCAUGAACUUCAUCCGGUUAUCAGUUCCAUCUGAACAGAAGGAAACUUUCACACGGUUCCAUGUGAACAGAAUGUCCGGUCAAAAUUUUCGGCCAGUCGUAAAUUUGUUCAGCACCGUGUGAAUGUAGCCUUAAUCCUUACAUGGUUUCUAUAGAUUAAUACCUUUUUAUCUAUCCUUUGGUAACUCUCUUAUAGAAAUUGGCAGUAGACCAGUUUUUAAAAAAUCAUGGUUCUCUAAGGGCAUUAAAAAUGUUGCUCACCAAACAAAAGAUUCAAUCGCAUUUGUCUCUUAUCACAAGUUUGAAGAAUGCUCAAAUUGAAUUUUCUUAUUUUUCAAGGCCUUAAAUCUUUAUUGAAGUCCUUAUUUAAAUUGUAAAAUAGCGAUUAUCUUCUAAGGUGGAAAAAAAACAGUGAAUAUUUUCACAAAUAGCUCUUAAAACUGAAGUGGCCAACAGAGUAUUUUAUGAGAGGCUAGUUCAUAUUAAACAAAAGCAUCCUACCUAAAAUCAGGAAAAAUGUUCAGAUGACUGCAAGUUUGAAAAGACAAUGAAACCAAAAAAACUAAAUUAAUUGCUUCUCAGUUUAAACUAUUACAUAAGCGACUAGCAACAAAUGAUUUUCUAAGGAAAAUUGGUAUCAAAGAUAAGGGCAUGUGCACCUUUUGUGAAGCUGAAUUAGAGAACUUAAAUCACCUGGUUGAUAACUGACAAAAACUCUGCAACAAUACAGGAUACAGACCUUAUCUUAUCCAUCUUAAUUGGUUUGUGACCAAGGGGUUUCAUAAACCAAAAAAAUCCAUCUCUUUUUUUUGAUUGCAAGAUAUAUUCAUCUGGAUUUGUUGAAUGAGAUGGAUCCCCAGGUUAGAAUUUUUGUCUUUCUUUAUAACCUCAUCUAUUGUCAGUAGGUUGUAGGGCUAUGUACACUUAAGUUUUAAGACUUUUUACUUUUGUAUUCUUAUAAGUAAUGUCCAUAUCGUAUUUUAAGUAAUUUAUGUGUAUUGCAAAAUAAGAUUACAACAACUUUGUCUGGAUGGUAGCAGUGGGAAUUUGUUCUUGGUAAGAUCCAUGAUGUUGCAAUGGAUUAAAGCAUAUACUGUACCCUGGAUUACUUUUUUGCAGUUUCUCAUUCACCUAUUACACCAAAUGCUUUCACUAAUCUUUUGCUGAAUUUAAAAUUUCACCCAAUUAAAAGAAAAAACAGCUGGAAAAGUUGGGAUGUGGUCUUACUCGUUUUGUAUCCAAAUCAUGUACUGAGACGAUCACAGAUAAAGAACCAUAUGGGCUGAUCAUGAUACCUGAGAGUACAAUAUUACAGAAUUUGUUCAUAUUUAGCUGCAUGUAUGGAGUUAUGGAUAUAUACCUUACCACACAAUCAUGCCCCACCUGAAAACUGUGACUAAAUGACAAGGCAAAGAUGACCAAGAAAUAUUCUGAGACCAAAGCUUUAUACAAAGAAUUGUAAAUUUGUUGAUAAGAAGCUGAAAAUAAGCAACUGUAAGAGUUCAUUACAUGUAAUUUAUAUUCUGAAACCUAUGGUACAUGUUUUUAAAAAAGUGUCUCUUCUCAAGCUAAGUGGCCAUCCAGUCUGUAGCAUGAAGUAGAGUGUAUUGCAACUCCCCCCCUGAUGGGAUGCUAUUCCAUGAUAAGGUACCCCUCAGUAUUUGUCAUGCUUCCCUGACAGUCUGUUGGUACCCAUUUUUACUCCUGAAAAGAGAAAGACUAUGCAAGAGAGUGUUUUUCCCAUGAAAACAUCCAAUUUGAGAUGAAAAUAAUAUUAAGGUUUUCCAGCCUGGAGCUCCAAUGAGUUAGAUUGAAAUCAAUUUUGAAUUUUAAUCAUGUUCAGUUGUCAAUAAAUUUGUAAUAAAAUGGCCUCUAAUGAAUAUGAACAAGAACCUGAAAAUUUCUAGAUCUUGUAGCAGCAAGCAUUCCAAAUAUAAUGUGAUUGAAUCAAACCACAGUAAACACACAUGUAUAAGCCACACCAACCUUUUUGUAACAAGUCGGGUUCUGCUUAUCCAUUAGAACAUUUAGAAAACAGGCCACAAAUUUGGGUAUAUUAAUACUUUUAAUCGAAAAUGUAAAGGUCUGUUUAGCAAACAGUUUUUUUGGUGUGAGUGUGAGAAUGUAUCAAAAUACACUGCACUGCACUGCACUGCACUGCACAGAUCCAACUGUGACAUGAUCUUCUCAUGGACACGGCAAUAAAUACCACAAUAGUAGUGUUUGUAUGGUUGAUAUCUUACCUGAAAAUCCUAAUAUAGCUUUGAGGAAUCAGCUAAUCACUGAUAUUAUAAUUUGUUUUUAUUCAAACAGGUAUCAAAAUGGGGAGAGAAAGUUGCAGGACUAGUUGUGGUUGAACCAGGCAUUUCUGCUGCAAGCUUCAAAGAAUGGGGUGCAGGAAAGGUAAGUUUGGGUCAAGCAAACUACUUGACCUUCAGCCCAUUCACCAAGUAGAUUGUAAGAAUAGAAGCCAGUCUGUCUACUGACAUCUUUGAUAAGGCAUUGAUUCAUUUGCAAUGUCUGAAGUUGAUUUUAAAAAUAGAGAAGCCCUGACUGUGCUCUGUUCUGUUGUAAAGUACGCAGAGAGCAGCUAAGAGCAUGAAAGAAGUGUAGGGGGAACAACAGUGUCAUCUGCAUGCUCUAUACUCUCAUAAAGUACACUACAGUAAGCCAAUCAGAAUCCCUGUUAGAAUGGUUCAAAUCUGAUUGGCUGUACAAGACUAAAGCCAUCAAAAAUGUUAAACCAUCAAAGUUCAAAAACCAUCAAAGUUCAAAAACCAUCAAAGUUCAAAAACCAUCAAAGUUCAAAAACCAUCAAAGUUCAUAUUCUCUAAUAGUUUACAAAUUAAAAUAGUUCAGCAUGUCGAAUUUAACACUUUCCUGAAGUUUUUUAGUUUCUAAUACAGAAUCUGAAAGUGAAAUGUUCAGUGAAACUCAGCCCAAUCGUGGCUCACAAAAAUACACAAGUUAUUUCACAUGACAAGUAGAAAACAAACUGUUCAAGGCGAGUGUUUUUAUGGAUGAAUGACAGCCGAAUUCACCAGGAUGUGAAGAUCGCUCGGAAUGACAGUGCUGUAAAACUCGGCUGCAGUGACUGACUGAUGUGGCCUUCCACUCAACACAUCAGAAAGGUUAUCAGAGCAAGCUCUUAUUUUUCCACUCGAAGGGUAGUCGAUUUAGUUCCCAAGGCUUGCUCCACCACAAUGACCAAAGAUUACCAUCAUGAGCUAGCCAUGAUAGACUUCAGCAUGAUUGUAGUUGCUCUGACACACCAUCAUGAUUAGUAUGAAUUUUAACAGUUAUGCCAGGUUAUAUUUUUUAUAAAUAUAUAUUGUUUUUUAGCACGAAACUUUAUAUACCAUACAAGUGUUAGCUGUAUUUGAUUUUUAUUACUGUAUAUAAACUUACAAUCUAACUGAACAUGAAAACCCUUAAAACUUGGACUGUCCAUUUUGUUUUUUCUCAAAGGAUUUUUUUUCUCUGCUCACAUUACAAUAACACAAAUUACUGCACCUGGCAUUUUUGUAAACCCUCUCUCACAUAUUCCAAAAUUUCGCUUUUGAUUAACAAAAGAAAAGCUAGAAAGAAGUCCCAGAAAAGUUGGACAUAGUACAAUUUGGCAGAUGGCAUGACAGCUUUAGCUCAGUUCUAUGCUCUAUACUCUCACAGAGCAUGCUCUUUUAACCAAUGACAGCACAUGUUAUAUCCAAACUUUAUUAUAAAUAUGAAUGAGCACCCUGGUUGGGUAUUAAAUCGUGCUUAUCAAGAAACUAUUAACCUGUAGUUAAUCUGCUGUUGUUGCAGCUUAAAAAGAUAUAAAUAAAGUGGCAACAGAAACAGGUUUUUCUUGUACCCCUACUAUUUGAGAAAGUGGGGGAGGAGGGGGGGUCAAUGCUUAUUGAAGAAGGAAACUUAUUUAGCAUUAUGGUCUUGGGCCUGGGGGCUUAUGGCAUCUGUGUGGUAAUUACUAAAACAAUUGUUUAUCUCAGUGUUGGUGAAGAAGGUGGGUAUUUACCGAGCAGCAAAAUGGUAAAUAAGACAUCCACCACAAUUCACCUCCACUUUGAUGAGUAACUAUUCACCACUUAAAGCUGUUACAGAUUCCCUGAAUCUCAUCUAGCAUAAUUACAGAAGGUAUAUUUCAUUACUUUUAAGUUUAGAGCACAUCAACUAGACAAGAAAGGAUUUACAGAAGAUACUAUCAAAUACCUCAUGUGGCACCAUUUUGAGAGGGUAUGUGAUUGAUUAUGUUUUAUCAACAGCUUCAGAGUCUAACAACUCCAUUCAUCUGUAAUUUGACUGUCUCUUGAAAUCACAGUUCCCAAAACAAGAUUCACUUGAAUUGAAAUUGGAAAUCCACUUCAUAAUACUUGAAAAAGACACAAAGUUCAUUGAUAAUUUACCCCAAAUAGAAGGGAUUUCAUAAUUUUUCUAGUUGUAUGGUGGGAUGUGCAAAAAUACAACAGGCCUUGUUUUGUAACCAGUAACCUUGCUAUUAACUUUACAAUGCAGCCAUAUCAACACAAGACCUUGGUUCCAAUGUUACACAACACUCUUUAGCUACAAUAAUUAUUGCAAUGCCUUUCUUACCUAAAUAGUUUUCUUGGUCUUGAAUGCUUCAUGGAUUGUUUAAAAAGCAAAUUUGUAAACUUCAAGGGGCUUUUUUUUACCUAUAGUUCUCUCUUUUAAGUCUUGGCCAGACAUAUUAAAACAGCACCUUUAGUUGUUGAAUUUUGAAAAUGGUGCAUUUUUACUGUAUUUUUCUAGAAUCUAUAACCAACAGAUCUUUAUUUAUUUCUUUUAUCUAAUCUGUUUAGACUUUCAUACUGAUUUUUUUAAAAUAACAUCCGCUAUGGCACUUUUUACCUCUGUUGUGAUAAAGACUUUAAUCUGGUUUCACACAAAGAAAGAAGCCAAACACAUGAAAAACUUUUUAGCCACUUUGUCUGUAGAUUAUGUAUGAUAAUUUGCUAGCAAGAAAUUUUCUCAAGGUAACAGUUUGGUUCCCCUAUUCCCGAUUCUCUGUUGUUUAGCAAGAAAGAUGAUAAGGAAGUUGACUGAAAUGAAAAUCAUGGAGUUGAGCAGUUGUCCUGUGUUUAGAUGAAAUUCCACAAAUUUCUUCUUCAGUUGGUUGUAGGCGGUAGUCAUAACCUUUUUGUGUAACAGGUAGAUGUAAAGAAGAGAUAGGAAGAGAAGAGAUAUUAUCUUGUUCUUUUACUGAAUUACUGCAAAGUAAAUCAUCAUGAGGGUUAAAUGAUUUUGCUUUCAGGUUUACAGCUUUAAAUUUUUACUUCUAUAAUGAUAGGACUCUGGGAAGCCAAAAGUGGAGUUGGAAGAUCAAUUUAUGAAGGAUGUUAAAGAGCACAUGAAUCCACAUAAUGUGGCAGCAUUCAUUAAGGCCUACAAUAGGUAAGAAAGGUUUUCAUUAUGGUCAUUCUUCACUUCCUUUGGGAAAUUAUUGAUUUCCCCCUUAAUUUCCAUUUUCUGAAAUGUAUAGCAGAUCAGUUGCUGUAUGUAAUAUUUUACCAGCACUUUACAUUAUGAAUCCUGGCCACAUUUCUAUUUAGCAUAGUAUUAGCUAUUAAACAAGUCUUAAGGCUGAGGAAUAAUACUAACCAAAUGCAUAAUACGCUGAAACCAAAUGGAAACAUACCUACAGAAUUCAAUUAUAUUUUUAGCAGCCAGGGGCCCUGUUGUGUGACUUGUGAGAAGUCAACAACUCAACAAACGAAGCACAAAGUGAAGAUUGAAAAAUAUUUCAUUAAAAAAAAACUCAACAGAACUGUGGUCAGCAUUUGACAUAGGGAAAAUUACACUGAAUGAUGAAGGGAACAAUUCAUAAGUUGUGGAAGUGUCUCCUUUUUAACUCGUGAAUUGCACGCAUGCGCAAGAGCGAGUUGUAGAUACGAUGUGGGGAAUGGCAUUCGUUCACUCGCUCGUUCACUCGAUUGGUCGAUUCCUGUAAACUUUUUUUCGAUUUUAGGCUUUUGAUUGCAUUUGAUAGUUUUUGGCGAGCAAUAAACAAACAAAAUGGCAACCUUUGUUGCUAAGAAUAGUGGUGGGGUGACAAAGAAGCCAAUGAUAAUCUUAAAAUAAUUUUUUUUUUCGUUUUAGUUUCAACAAGCGGCGCAAGGAUUCACACUGAAAUAACAGAACAACCUUCGUUUUUCAUAAAAUUUUAAUAUACAAUCCUUGAACUUGAAAACAAUCCGAAGAUGCAAUGAAAAUAUCACUUACUGCGAAGCGCUCGGAGUUAACAGAUGUUCACGGCCUGAGAUUGAGGACAAAAUCAAUCAUUACGUUUCGUAUCGGGUGUUUUCCUGUGAGAAACAACAGAAGAUGCCGGCGACUAACGAAAUUACAAGUUAACACGAAAAUCAAAUAACACCUAAACAAACAAUUUUAGCUACCGAUUUUCAGUGAAUUUUAAAGAACAAUUUUCUUUUAAGUUUCAAGACAAUUUGAAGAUUCAAAAUACAUGUUACGUACUAAAAUGCGAAAGUUAUACACCACAAAAUUGAUAAAUAGGCCUGAAAUGAAAUUCUAUCUUGUUAUUGAUUAUACGUUGCCUAGCACGUGACUAAAAUCUACCCAGGCGGAGAUCCAAAAUGACGGUGGCAGUCUUGUGUUAGUCAUAUCACUCAAAACCCCUUCCCGUUUGUCUCAUUUGAUAAAGAGGGAAUCGUUAAUGUUUUCAUUAAGAAAGUAUUGCCUUGAUUUUCUAAUAUUUCUAAUGAAAGACAGUAAAUUUCACUUUUCACGCACAUUUACUUCCAACCUUUUAUUUUGAACCAGAAACAGAAAUGAUAUACGUUUAAAACACAUGACAUCAUCCACCCUUGUCCAAUGCAAUAGCAUGAUCAUUUCAAUUGUAAUACCUUCUUAUCCCGACGUUACUUUGUUUCUUUGCUACAUUAGCGAACACUGAAGUACUGCUCGUACUCUAGAUAUGACAAUCAACCACAAAAUUCCCUAAACCUGAUAACAGUAAACAUAAUCCAAAAAAUCAUGUGUCAAUUCACGAGUUUGCUCACAGAGCACUUUGAUUGAGAUUGUUUAUAAAAUGUUUAAUUAAACAAUUAUUGAAUUCACUCUUUGCAUGAUAUCAUGUCUAUGUUAUCAACCUCAGGCUUCAGCAGAGAACUCAGACCUUGGCAUUAAUAAUUCAUGGUAUCAUGCCCAACUUCACAGCAACAGCAUUAUCUUGGGAAGAUUUAUGCUUUUUAUAUGAAACUAAGCAAACUAAAACUAUAGACAACAAGGAAAAUUUAUAGUGCUCUCGCCCUUGGUCUGCCCAAAAUUGUCUGAUUGAGAAGGUAUGGGACCACAUCCUUAAUUUUUUUUUCAGUUUUUUGAGGAUGAAAUUGUCAAAAUUGAAUAUAACCUGGAGGACUGUGCUGAAAAUCUUCAUUAGCUUCACCUUUGUGCAUGUGCCAAACCAUUUGAGUAUUACUAAAUUGGUUUGGAUUUAGAGAAGUUUCUCUACAAAAUUUCCUUUUGAACACACCCCUUAAUUCUACAAGAUUCCAAAAGUUCCAUGGCACUGAGCAAAUUGCAAGUCUUCUUAGAUAAUGUGUAGAAUCAUUAAAUCACAUGUGAAAUUUCAAGUGUUUCCAACAAGUGUGUUAGUAAAUAUAUUUAAUUAACAAUUUAAUACAACAUUUACUGAAUUUAGGCUCCUGUGCCACCUUGAAGAGACCUAAGGUGUGUACUGUAUGCAGUUUCUCUCCAAAAGAUCAUUCUACAGAAAAUCACCACUUUUACUAAAACUACACUUCAGGUAGUCAGUUCUUGGCGAUCAAAAUUUGAGUUUCUGAGCACAAGCAUAUUACAGAGACAGGCAAAUGAGAUUACUAAUGAGCUUGUACAUUAAGAGCAUGGAUCCUGGACACACAAGGGCCUGUCACAAGAGAUUCUCAUCAAUGUUAAGCUCAGAAGAUUAAUUUUAUUCUGAUUGGUUUGAUUCAUAUGAAAACUGUCUAUAUUAUUGUUACAGUGUAGUCAUUUAAAGACUGCCAUUUUCCCUCAAGCUAUUGAUUAUUAAGUCUAUUUUGGCAACAUUGAUACUUGACUUGCUAGCUCUGGGCCAGUGCUCAAUACAUUUUAAUUCACUAUCAGUUUGGGUGUCAAGAUCAGUUUCGUAGUAGGGUAAUCAGCAGAUUCGCAGGGAGCCUGCAGUCAAGCAAUUUGGUACAUCGAUAAUUUAGAUCAGGGAGGGAAGGGGGGCAAUUCUUGAACCUUGUGGUAGUCCAUGAUUUAGUGAGCCCCUCCUAGAAAGGCAGUGGUUUACAUGACAUCUUUAUUUAUGAUUUGUCAAAUAACAAACUUCCUAAGUGUAUUUGUAACUCAAUAUACACAGCUAAAGCCCAAACCAUUUCUUUUAUAACUUAGCAUGCAGAUGACCAAUAAGUAGGGUUACGGAACAGUGAUACAUCUUUUUUGUGUAGUAUAGAAACAAAGUCAUUGCAGGGUUUGUAUUGGAUGCUUCUAGUAAAUUCUGUUUUGUGAUUUUUCAAAAUUCCCCUAACUCAGUGCAUUUGUUGCUUUCAGUCGUGGUGAUCUAAUGAAGGACAUGAAGGGCCACAAACUUGAGUAAGUUAAAUUUACUUUAAAAAUGGCUCAAUUUGAACUUUUGCUUUAGAAGUUUCUACGGGAGCCUAUGAAAAAGUUACUUUUAACAACAUUCCAAGCUAUUAAUUUUACAUUGGGGGAUUGAGAUGAAGCAUGCACCUCCAAACUGUGUUGUCUGCUAUACUCUGGACUGUUACAAAGGGAUCUCAUUUUCAAAACCAAUUAUAGAGCACAUUGCACAGUAUCCCUUUUUCUGAUGAAAUUAAGAGAUCCUCACAGCUAAGAACACUACUGAAACGAGUAGUUGUAAAUAGGACCUGAAAAAAAUUCAGGCCCGUACGGGAUUUGAACCCAUGACCUCUGCGAUACCGCGGUGCAGCACUCUACCAAUUGAGCUAACAAGCCAACUGGGAGCUGGUCAAUGAAUUGGGUCCAAAUAAACAAUUGGGUUCAAAUCCCGUACGGGCCUGAAUUUUUUUCAGGUCCUAUUUACAACUACUCGUUUCAGUAGUGUUCUUAGCUGCGAGGAUCUCUUAAUUUCAUCUCUCCACCGCAGUGCAAAUAUAUGAAUUUUCAUAUAUCUAAAAUCUUCAUCCCUUUUUCUCUUUAUUUAGCCAACCAAUUUAUGUGGCAACCAUUUUGGUAGUUUGAAUUAUUUUUUUUUUGGCAUUGGUCAAAUUUUUUAUCAUUUUCUCUAACAGUUAUAUCCAUUUUCAUUACACCUUUGUUUUAGCGCAAAGACAGGAGUCCUUGUGGUGACUGGUGAACAUUCUCCUCACCGCAAGAAUACGGUAACCACUUUCACGGCUAGCCUCACUCAACUGGGCUCGCCCUGUACUUAAAAGUUAAACCAUUCUAAGUUUGCUGCCUUAGUAAACCAUUCUCACAACCCUUAUGCAGCCUGCUUACAUCAUUAACUACAAUGAAUUUAUGUAAAUUGUUUGUUCUCUUUGGGUGAACCUUAAUCUCCUGAAUUUCAUCUCCAUGCUUAACCAUAUUUUGUUAAGGUGACUUUAACUUAUGGGAGGUCUUACCAGUAUUUGAUUUACAAACAUGGCAUCUGUCCUACUCAAUAGCCAGUCUGUUCAACAGUAAACAGGAAAGUGGUCACGAAUAGCUCUAUCUUGAACUAGAAUGUGAUGAGUAUACAUAAUUAUGGCUUGGCAAGGUGAAGAGCACAGAGUGCAAUUAAAGGCAAUGAGCAGGAUCUCACUACUACGCCACAAAACCAUGAAUUACCCAUUUAAGUACCUGUACAGCUGCCUGAUAUGGCCUAGAAAUAUACAAACGCAAACAAUAUAGAAUAGAGUACCGAAUAAAAGAUUUACCUUGACGGGCAAUGGAUGAGGUACUGCUGGGGUUUGUUACAAAUGAUGAGAUGGCACCCCUUGCUUUACACAAAGUAGUAAAAAAUGAUGUAAAAUGAAAUUGAUGCUAUUAUAUAAGGACAAAAUAUUUGUUUUCGGAUGAGUGAAUGAAUUGACUGUCUGAGAUUCAGAGAAAUAGUGUGACAAAUUGAUAGUGGUAACAUGAGCAAAGUAGAUAUGAAUGUUACUCUAGGUAUCAUUAAGGAACAUGUGUUAAUAAACUGUCCCCACUGACUGCUGUGCUUCAUGGGAUCAGGACACAAAAUAACCAAUUUUAGCUCUUUGCGUUAUGCUUUGCAGGAAGAUAAGUUUUACUAUGGUGACGUACUGAAGCAGACAGAUGUGAAAAUCAAGAGUCUUCUCACCCCUGACUGUGGAGCUAGUGUCUUGGAAGAAAAGGUCUUUAAACACUCAACAAUCAUUUACUUAGCCAGAGUCAAACUCUCUGAUUAUUAUUCUUUGAACGAUAAAAUUAAAUGUAUAGCACUCUAAAUAAGCAACAGCCAUAUUUAUUUACACCCAUGACUUGGUUGAUCAAAUUUUUUUCUUAGAUGGAUUUUUCAGUCAUGAACCCCUAUUUAUGCGGGCUAAUAUACACACUGUGUGGUCAUGCACAUUGUGUCCACUCAGAUUGCGUGUGUGUACACACUGCGUAGUUUUUGCAUUGUGCUUUAGUAAUGCUGGGUACACGUGUUUAACAUUUCUCUUACUCUAAGAAGGUACAUUUUUCAUAUAUAUUUUUCUAUAUUUAGCCACAUCUUGUUCAGAUUCCAAUGUGGUUUGUGUCUGCUAGAGACCUAACUGCAGUCAGAAAUUGAUAAAAUUCUUUAUUGUGGUUAGGUGAGCCCAAAUGAUCCAAUUGAAGCCAGAAAUGAGCUUCUCCGGAAUUUCUAAUUUUCUUGUACAAAGAAUAUACAAUAUUAUGAGUCUUCAACUUCGAUCAUAAUUUUUGGGUAUGAGCGGAAAAUGAGAAAAAUGUGUUUGCAUAACUGCGUGAUACUUGCUGACGGUUCUUCGUGAGCCUCAUGCUUGGAAGAAAAUGCCAUUAUACAGAGAAUCACAGCUUAACCAGUGGUUGAAAUAAAUGGAUUUAUUAACGGUCCAUUUCUCUCUAUAUGCAGCCUGAGAAGAUGGCAGAGGGACUGCUGCUGUUUAUCCAAGGACUUGGACUGGGUAAGAUUUUAGUUUUAACCUGCAGUGAAGAAAUUAUGACGUAAAGAGUCUUUAAUGUCUUUAUCAAUUGUGCAAAGUACUUUCCCUUCUUUUGAUGAUUUGUUAUUGGACUGUGCUAAAGCUAAGAUUGCAAGCUGUGUGUUCUAAACCUUUCAAUUGAAUUGUUUUUGGCAGUCUGGCGUUCUUCUUACCCGAACUAGGCGUUUGCUAUUUUUCUUUUACUUGUACUUAGUAAAUUGCGAUUGUCGUAUCUCACAGGCAUUACGUAGACUAACAUUCCUCGUAAAGCAGCUAAUAAUGACUCAGCAGGCCAGGGAGCACAGAGUUCACCUAACUGAGCAAUGAGCAUUGAUGGGAGAGUUGGUCUGAGUCAGCCACGUUUGUGGAUUUUUCACCAGCACUCAGGGCACUUCAAAUAUAUGAGAAUCUUUCCUCCUUAACACUCUCACCUUACAGUGGUUACUGCAUCCUACAAAAAAUAGAACUGCUUAGCUAUAAACUCAGUUAGUAUUUGGUGUAUCUGUGUGUGUGCACUUCUACACAUUUUACCCAGAUAAUCUGCACCUCUCCUAAGGUCUGCCCUUUUUUGUUGUGACUGGUUUUUAAUAACUACUCGAUAACCGAGAGUGAGGUCUUUACGGGAAUAUCUCAAACUGGGGCCUUGCCGUAUUGACUACGCUAUUGCUCGAUCAUUACAGCGAGGCUGAGGUUCGAGAUUUUCCUGUAACAACCGAAGAGUCGCAGUUGUUAAGUUAUUUAUUUUAUGACCUACGAACUGAAGAAACAAAAAAUGUAUUCAACGGAAGUCGUCAAUUUUCAUCCGGUGAUGCGCGCGUUUACCUAUUCAUUCGUCGACUCAAACCCACGAUUAAACUACGCAAUCAUGGAACUGCAACUCUGUAUCACGUAUAAAGAAACAUUUAUUUGCGGGAAAAAUGAUUCUCAGAGCCUUAAAAAAAGUAUUUCAGUAUAGUGGCGUCACGUCUUAAUGAGGGAAACUUUGUCCGAUUUCAAGGCAAACACCAACUGGAGUGCGUACAGAAGAGACAGAAAAGUGCCUGAUAAUAGUUCAAACACGUCCAGCCCUCGGUGAAAGAAAAUGUAAAUGCUUCAGAAUGCACUUUUCAGAAUACACUGUUCAGAAUCCUCGCCAUCGCUUUUCACAACAUAUCACCGCCUUCUAGGAGACUUAUGGAUGAACUGAGCCUUACAAGCCUUUUGAAGAUCUAAAACUUCAUGAGGUAUCAGAAGACUGCUGCCAACAGAAACCACUCCAUUUUUAACAUCUGAUGUUCCUGGAAGUUGAAUUAAGCUCAUCUAUUAGCGAGUGAAUGUAUUUUUGAGAUCUACUAGGCUAAAUGUGACAACAUUUAAACUUUCGGUAACUGUUUAGACUUCUUAAUAAGCUUUUUGGCGUUCUUCUAAGGAUGCAUAACAGAUCUAACGAUGGUGCUUUCCACACCGCGAUUUAAGCCGUAACUAUAAACUUUACACGACACGGCAAAAACGGCCCCUUUAAAAAAUUUAUGUAUGAAUAAUUUGUGGAAAGGUUAUCAUGUCAAUCAUAACUUUUCAAUGAUAAAUUUGCAUGGUUUCUUAAAUUAGAUGGGAGGUCGAAUGUUUACCUCGUCCCUUCCAGUAUAAUGUCGUAGCUAAUUUAAAACGGUACCUUCGCUGUUCUUCUAAAACUCGUGGGCAUUAUCACUGUCUAAUGCCCUGCACUUAUCUCGCUUGAUAUUAAAAUACAAGUUAUGGUCAAGGCAAGGUGACGCGAUUGUAGCAUGUGCAAAACUUACAAGCAUGUUUCUUUUUCUUUUUUUUUUCUCCUCUACAGUCCCAACACUGCGAACACGUUCAAUGUCUCGAACCAGCUCAACAUCAUCUACAGGAUCUAGAACCCAGUCCAUGAGUGAGGAUUAGGUCCAAUUUGAUGACUAUUUUGGUCCCAUUCCAGUAGAUACAUUUGUGAGUUAUGGAAUGUGAACUUGGAUUUAAGAACGUCUACAACAAUGAUUAUUUUAACCAUGGAUGUAUGAUGCGGAUAAAAAGUAAUGCUAGUGACGUAGAUUGGCAUUCGAUAAGAUGAUUUGUAAAGAUUAGCUCUGAAUGCAGAACCAAACUUGAUAAAAUGAAAGGAAAUACUCUCUCGUGUUUUUCUGCUCUUUCAGAAGCUUCAUAGCUAGUCAGUCUUAAACUAGUAGAAAAAUGUAAGAAUGUGAAGUAGAAUCAUGUUUGUCAUUAUCAUGGAUACUUUCUGUUUUAUGUAGUCAUUUCACUGCAGCCUCAACAAUAAAAUUUUUGACUAGUUCCUCUUC